CUGGUUAGUCCUGUUGUUGUCCAGAUAGGCAAGUUACAGAGGUGUCCUUUUCAGCAGUGGCUACCACAUGCAUGAAUCAUCCACACUAUCUACUGUAGUUAUUAAUUAUGCAGAGAUCGUUUAACCUACUAAGCAUAAUUCCACAGCGACUCCGCAUCCCCGACCUUUGGCUUGUGAGGGAAGUAAAUGCCCCAACACUGAGAGAUCCGACAGACUCUCGGCGACUUCGCUGCGCUCUGGAGCCGCCGUGUGGGGUUCGCUUCAAACAGAGACGCUGCGGUCCACAGAACGAUUCUUCUUUAACGCUGGAAUUGUAAAAUACCGAAUGUGCCUGGAUUACCCACGGUUGCGCUAAAAAAAAACAACGCAUGACAGCAUCUGGAGAGAUGAAAAGGUGGAACUGAAGUCUCACGGAAAUAAAAGCCUCGCCACUCCUUACUCUUUCAAAACGGCAUCAUGCCUUCUGGCGCGGAGUGUCUAAGGUGAAACAAGAUGCAGCAGCCGGCGGGGGAGAUCGAAAACGCACAGGACUUUGACGAAGAGCCGGGCUGGACUCUCUGUUUAUGGCAGGAUCCGAACGAGGGGUCGGCGGGGCGCUCCAGUGCCCAAACCCAAACCAGCCCCGUUCUCACCGAGGACAAGGAGACCCAGACCUGCAAUCCCGUGGUGAUGAGACUGGCAUCUUCCAAACUGAAGAGCACCAUCCCGGUGGAAGAGGACAACAGAGCCCUCACGCCACUCUUCCAAUUCGACAGACAAGCCCCUGCCAGGAUUUCCACCUCCCCCACCCUCAGGAGAAUGAGAAGAAGCAUCAGACGCCCCCCGCUGGAUUUCAGUGACCCUGGGAAGACAAACAGCACAAAGGCAGAGACUCCACUGGGUCUCGUUCCUCACUCAAAGAGCUCGGACAGCAUAACACAUCUUAUUAUUCCCCGAUCACCUGCAUACAGACAGAAAUCUCCGUUGGCACAUAGUCUGCCCUCCUCUUUAGGCUUCGCUGCAGGUUUCACCGAAGACCAUGAGUCUGGUCUAUCCCCAUCCAGUGACAGCAGCGAUGGACUCAGUACAGGCGGGCUGGGCAAUGGGCUGGUUUGCAGGAACCCGGAGUCUCAGGCUGUAAGAGAAAGUUCCAGUAGAAAGGGUGACAUUGCGGAUGACUCUAAUGAGGUGAAUGAACCCAUCCAGAAAAGACUGCAGGAGCGCCGGCGAAGCUCAGUUGUGGUCAGUUUACCUGGGCUGGAUAUGUCUCCAGGGGACCUCUUUGUGUCCGAUGGGGCUGCAGACUACCUGAGCCGCUCUUCAUUGCUGGAUACCAAGAAAUCAAAAUGGCCUUUCUCGAAACGUGGGGCGACAAAAGACAAGAUGAAGCUGGUACCUGACAUGGAGAAAUAUCUUUCAAAACUACAGAUUCAAGACUGGAGCGAUUCUGAGUUUCAGAAGUACAAGGACUGGACACUGGCAGAGUUUUUGAGUUUGUUACUUCAGUGUGACCUGAAGGCCUCAGAUUCCCACCCAGACUACAGGAAGGAGGAAGCUGUGUGGGAGCUCUUCACCAGUGAAUGUGUUUAUUUUCUGGACCAGCUGAUGGUUCUUAAAGAGGUCUUUCUGAGCACCCUCACAGGCUUACAAAACAGUGACUAUCUUUUUGAUGUUGAUCCCUGGCGACUCUUUGCCAAUCUCAAUGAGUUAUGCCUGGUGAGUUUUGGUUUCCUGACCAACCUUUUGCGGGCUAUAAAUGAAUCCUGGGAAUCAGGAGACAAGAAGUCCAGUUCUUUGAAUAAUUUACUGACCAAGGUUUUCAAAGAGAGCAUUUGUUACUGUCAACAGAAAUACUGCCUCAACUACUCCUCAGCAGUAUUUUACCUCGACAGCCUGAAGCAAAGGGAAGACUUUGGGACGUAUCUGAAAUGGUGUGAGCGCAACGAGCAGUGCAAGCGCUUACACCUGGCCGACCUCCUGGUGGCGCCGAUGCAGAGGUUCACCCGCUACCCUUUGCUGCUGAAGAACAUAGCAAAGCAAAGCAGCAGUGACAGGGAGAGAGGCACGAUCCAGUCUGUUGUGGAGCUGGUGGAGAGAUCCAUACAAGACCUGGAGGGAAAGGUGAAAUGGCUGGAUAGCUACCAGAAGCUCCAGCAGCUGAAAGACUCGAUCAUCUGGCCUCCAGUCUGGGAGCAGAAUAAGAGAGCCUUCAUCCCUGAGAAUCUAAAGUAUCUUCUAAAGCCCGUAACUCCUGAAAACCUUGUGGCCAACCGAAAUCUUUUACAUGAGGGAAAGUUAGUUCUUACAGAAAACGCAAAGCUGCAAGAUGUCUACCUGUUCCUGUUUGAUGAAUUCCUCUUGAUAACCAAGAUUAAAAGGAGUAAAAAGAAAUCUGUGGGGACAGAUAUAAAUACUUUGUGUCCAUCAGCAAACCAGGAGUUUCAGAGCAUUUUUAAAGAAGGCGGCACAUUUACUGUUCUGGAUCAGCCUAUGUCGCUUGACCGACUGCUGAUAAAAAAUGUUGAUCAACUGAAUGCCACAGCAUCUGGACUGCGCAACCCCUUCAUUUUAAUGCAUCAGAACAGAUACCAGCAAUGCACUGGAGCCUUCAUUCUGCAAGCUCAAUCCGAGGCCAGCAAGAAAACAUGGAUUUCUAAAAUAGAAGAGGCAGUAGCAGCAGUGGCAAGAUCGGUGGCUAAGGAAGCUCACGUUCGGAGCUCCAGCUUCUGGCUCGAAUCUUCGCAGAUUUAGAAGGAUCAACGAGCAGCCAGGAACGCAGCACAGUCAAAGGACAAAUGAGUGAUUUCGUUUUGUAAAUCGCCAAUAGAAAUAUUUUCAUAUUUUAUUCUUUUUUCAUGAACAAUGUCCUCACAUUUUAUAAAAAAUACCCUUUAUAUGCACUACUAAACCUGUUUACAAUAAAGUUAGUGUUUGCGA